AGCUGCCCAGAUCCAGCCCACAGGUCGACAGGUUGCUGCCCAGCAGUCCCAGGGCUCCGGGCUCGGCUCUAAGGACCCACAGAGAUCACAGGACCACGCAGUGCUGCCUGGAGCCGCCGAGAGUUCUGAGUAGGAAACAUGUUAGCCGUGCACUUUGACCAGCCGGGAGGACCAGAAAACCUCUACCUGAAGGAGGUGGCCAAGCCAAGCCCAGGAGAGGGAGAAGUCCUCCUGAAGGUGGCAGCCAGUGCCCUGAACCGGGCUGACAUUCUCCAGAGACAAGGUCAAUAUGCACCACCCCCAGGAGCCAGCAGCAUUUUGGGAAUCGAGGCAUCUGGACAUGUGGCAGAGCUGGGGCCUGGCUGCCAGGGGCACUGGAAGAUCGGGGACCCAGCCAUGGCUCUGCUGUCUGGCGGGGGUCAGGCUCAAUAUGUCACUGUCCCUGAAGGGCUCCUCAUGCCCAUCCCAGCAGGACUGACUCUGCCCCAGGCUGCAGCCAUCCCAGAGGCCUGGCUCACCGCCUUCCAGCUGUUACAUCUCGUGGGAAAUGUUCAGGCCGGAGACUCCGUGCUAAUCCAUGCAGGAGCAAGCGGGGUGGGCACAGCUGCCAUCCAACUCACCCGGAUAGCUGGAGCUAUUCCUCUGGUCACAAGUGGCUCCCAGGACAAGCUUCAAAUGGCAGAAAAACUUGGAGCAGCUGCUGGAUUCAAUUACAAAGAAGAGGAUUUUUCUGAAGCAACAAUGAAAUUCACCAAAGGUGCUGGAGUCAACCUUAUUCUAGACUGCAUAGGAGGAUCCUACUGGGAGAAAAAUGUCAACUGCCUGGCUCUGGAUGGUCGCUGGGUUCUCUAUGGUCUGAUGGGGGGAGCUGACGUCAGCGGGCCUCUGUUUUCAAAACUGCUUUUUAAACGAGGAAAUCUGGUCACCAGUCUGCUGAGAUCUAGGGACAAAAAGUACAAGCAAAUGCUGGUGAAGGCUUUUACGGAGCAAAUUGUACCCCAUUUCUCCAUGGAGGGCCCCCAACGUCUACUGCCGGUUCUGGACAGCGUCUACCCUGUGGCUGAAAUCCAAGAGGCCCACAAGUACAUGGAGAGCAAUAAGCACAUGGGCAAAAUCGUCCUGGAGCUGCCGCAGUGAAGGAGGAGGGGGCACUAGAGGAAAAGGGUACCUCAGCCCUUCCCAGAGCAAACUGGGUGAGAAUUCUCUGAACGCAGGCAAGAGACCAGCGGCUACUCCACGCCCACCUGUAGCCCACUGGGCCUUCCCGGCCUCGGCAACUGAUCUGUGUAAAGCUGGUCUAAGGAAAUAAAGAGUAAAGGGAGGCUGGCU